UGGGCUCUUUGGUGGAGCUAAUGGCGACUCCUGGAGGGCUCACGCCAAGGAGUACUUCCCAGAAGUUCUGCUGCCAGUGUCCUUGUCCCCACGGUGGGCCACAGCCACCCCCCUCCUCUGCAGGAGACCCUCCAACACUAGCAGGUAGGUGUGGUUCAUUCUCCCCUGGGUCCCAAUGUGCACACCACUUUGUGUGUGCCCUCCAAGUGUGGAGUCUCUGUUUCCCCCAGUCCUGUCGAAGUCCUGCAAUCAAUUCCCACUAGGCUUCAAAGUCUGAUUCUCUAGGAAUUCAUCCUCCUGUUGCCGGACCCCCAGGUUGGGAAGCCUGAUGUGGGGCUCAGAACCUUCACUCCAGUGGGUGAACUUCUGUGGUAUAAGUGUUCUCCAGUCUGUGAGUCACCAACCCAGCAGUUAUGGGACUUGAUUUUACUGUGGUUGUGCCCCUCCUACUGUCUCACUGUGGUUUCUCCUUUGUCCUUGGAUGUGGGGUAUCUUUUUUGGUGAGUUCUAGUGUCUUCCUGUUGAUGAUUGUCCAGCAUCUAGUUGUGAAUCCUGGUGCUCUUGCAAGAGGGAGCGAGAACACGUCCUUCUACUCCACCAUCUUUGUUCCAAUCACGUUUUGCAUGUAUUAACUCAUUGUUCUUCACAUCAUCCUCAGGAGAUGAGGCUCAGAGAGGUUGAGUAAUUCAUCUAAGAUCAAAAAGUGAGGAAACUGAGGCUCAAAGAGGCAUAGAUUUUCCUAGGAUCACCCCAGCAGUGAAACUUUAAGUUUGCCUGGGUUAUUCUUUCAUAUGACCCUUUUGGACACACUGAAGGCUGUAUUCAGAGUUUUCUCACCUGGAACACAGGAGACAGAGGGAGAAGGUUUGCAAAAUGCAAAUCUGAUCACGUCAUUCUCCUGCUUAUCACCCACUGCAAUGUCCACAAGGAGUCUUCUUAGGUUCAACUACACAGUCAGACUCAACAGAUGACCACAAGCCAUACUUGGCAUUGACAUACUCUGAUGGAUGGAAGACAGGAACCUCAGCUUGCUAGAAUGGCACUCAAUGUCAGCACCAGCACUCAACUCUCCCUCUCAGCGGGGGAGUCCUUGCUGCACGUGUACCAGAGCAGUACAGCACAGGUUCAAGGAGAUGAAUCCCCAUCUGGUGGGUGCAGGAGUCAUCGUGGCUUAAAAGCUUCAUGUCCCCUGGGAGCCGAUACCUUUGUACCUGCCCAGUUACAGGAGUCACCAUGCUCAUGAAGCCCAAAAUAUGAUUUCCCACCAGGAUCUCAUCCAGGACACCACACUACAUUUAGCCGUCAUGCAUCUUUAAGGCUCCUCUUGGCUGUGACAGUUUCUCAGACUUUCCUUGUUUCGACAGUUCUGAGAUGGCUGACCUCUGCUGACCCUUCCAAAGCUCCUGGAGUCUGCAUUUUCAUGAUUCCAUUGGCAGAGGUGAACACUGAGGCUCAGAGAGGCGGGAGGACUUACCAGAGGCCACGAGAGUGAGCUGGCCACGGAGACUUCCGGAAACCCCAUGAUCUUCACACGGACCUCCUCUCUGGGCUUCACCUGGGCCCCCAAAGAGGGAGAGUCUCCUUAGCUUUUGUGCUCUAGGCAUCUCACUGAUUCACCUUAAUCUGAGCCCUUUAACAGAGAGAAAUAGUGGAAUCUGCCCUACUCACCACCUGCUCACCCAAACCCACCGCUGGGCUCUGGGGGGAUCAGACAGGGGCCCUGUUCUCCAGGAGAUGCCAGUCUGAUGAGGGAUGCUGGCACUCACUGAAAAUCACAACUCUCAGAAAUAAGGACAAUAACGCAGGCAAAGAGCACAGCUGUAGGGGCCCCUGGGGCGAGGGAGUGUGUGGGGCAGCGAGCUAGGCUUCCCAGGGGAGGGGGCACUACAGCUGGGCCUUGGAGGAAGAAGGUGUGUGUGGCCAUUGGUAAUCCUCCAAGAUAACACCCGUCUUGGGCUGUGUACCUCAGUGUCCCACAAAAAAAGAAGAGCAGGGGAAAAGGAGGAGUGCGCGCGCGCGCGCGCGCGUGUGUGUUUGGGGGUGAGGGGUGGUCUUCAGAGGCUUCUUUUCAGCCUUCAGGUGGCGCCCUUGAGCCACGGAGCCACAAACGCCAGAGAAGACUAUCCCGACCUAAGGACCUCGGAGAGGACCCUGGGUCCUACCUGAGGGCUGUGUGUGUAUGAGGGGGUGAGGAGCGGAGGAAGAGUGGGGGCUUGGCGCAGUAGAGGCUCCCCAGCCGAGGGGCGAGGCCGGCGGCCGAGGGAGGGGUCUCUUUCAGCACUCACCCCCGCGCCUCGCCGCUGCGCCCAGGCACCACGAGAUGAAGGCUCCAGUUCCCUAAGCCCAGGUGCUGGCGAAACAGAUCUGCCCCAAGGGGUGGGGAGGGCAGGAGGAUGGAUCCGUGUCCCCUCACUCUCACCCUAGUCCGUUACCCUCCUCCCAGUGCCUCCCCGCGCUAACUCUCCCGGCGCCCUCGCCGGCCGCGGGCGGAGCCCGAUCCGCUGCGCUCGGCGAUCCCCGGCUCCCGCCCCUUCCCCGUCCUCCUCCCCGGAGCCCUCAGAGGCCGUGGCCGCCUCGGUACAGCCCCGCGCGGAGCGAGCAGCUGCCCAGCGGCCAAGGGAUGAGCUGGGGCCCGCCUUCCCAAUGGCAUCUCCCCCUGGUCUGGAACUGAAGACACUGAGCAAUGGUCCCCAGGCCCCAAGGAGACCAGCUCCUCUGGGUCCAGCGGCCCCACGCAGGGAGGGUGUGGAGAAUGCCUGCUUCUUUUCGGAGGAGCACGAGACUCAUUUCCAGAACCCUAGGGAUGCCAGACUGGGCAGCUCCCCCAGCCCCCCUGAGGGCGUCCCCUCAUGGCCCCGAUCCCAGAGGGACGACCUGUCCCUGCGUUCAGAAGAGGGGCCAGGCCUGGAGCCUGUGAGCCGCCCGGUGGAUUACGGCUUCAUUUCCGCUCUGGUUUUCCUGGUGAGCGGGAUCCUCCUGGUGGUGACUGCGUACACCAUCCCCCGAGAGGCCCGUGUCAACCCGGACACAGUGUCAGCACGGGAGAUGGAACGACUAGAAAUGUACUAUGCGCGCCUGGGCUCACACCUGGACAAGUGCAUCAUUGCAGGCCUGGGGCUGCUCACAGUGGGCGGCAUGCUCUUGUCCGUGCUGCUGAUGGUCUCCCUGUGCAAGGGAGAGCUGUACCGCCGGCCGAACUUCGUCCCUGGCAGGGGCUCCAGGAAGACCUACGGCUCCAUUAACCUGCGCAUGAGACAGCUCAGUGGGGAUGGGAGCCAGGCCCUGGUGGAGAACGAAGUCGUCCAGGUCUCGGAGACCAGCCGCACCCUCCAGGGGUCUUAAGUAAGAGCCCACCCUAUCUGGCUGCUUCAGCUUCAGGGCUACAAGGCCUCCGAGUCUGGGGUUUCGGACUGAGCUCCACAUAGGGCCCCGUGGAAGGAGUCCUGGGUGCUGGAGGGGGAGCUUGGGGCCUGGCCCAGGCUUCGCUUGGGAGAGCUGCCCCCGAUCUGUUUUGUAGCUUGAGGUUUUGCAUAAGGUUUUGUUUGAAGGAUGGCUUCUGCUGCUAAAAAUACAGAAGUUUGGAAACUGCU